GAGAGUGGGAGCAACUAUCUAUGCUAGUUUCUCGUCAAUCAGCAAUGGAAGCAUCUAGGAGUCCAAAACCUUUUCAGAGGCUGAAAAAGAGGCACAGUGCUACCGUCAUCUGUCCCCCUCCCCUACUGCCCUUGAGAAUGGCUGAGCUCCGGCCUGGGAUGGAAAACGAGAGAGCUGGAGUAGUAAGGGACACCAUGCUCCAGAACCACCUCAUCCUCAAGCCAGAGCUAGGAAAGACUCGCUCAAGAUGCACACGGCUGCCUGGAUCUGACUUUGUGUAUGGACUAACCCUUCGUGGGACCGAUGGGGGAGUUCCUGAAGCAAUAGGCCACUGGAACUCAGUGAAACCCAUUAGCAAGGCCACAAAGGAGCUGCCGCGUGAUUUUGUUGCCAUGAAUCGUGGAGCAGUCGUAGCUGGUCUUGUCACAACAAAGGAACACUACCGGUACCGCCAAAUCCAUGACAUCCGCCGUCCGGAAGAUGAUGAGCGUCACUUUAAAAGGGACCCGCUGCGUCUCCCUGAUGCCAUGACCUAUGGAAUGCCACCUCGCCCGUCCACCCCUAUCAUAGAUGUUUUUCAGCACAAGUACAAGGAGCUUUGGAUGGAGGGACAACGAGCAGCAGCCGAAGCUCGUCAUAAGGCAAAACAGAAAAUAAGACAGCGGGGGAAAGUAUACGAAACAUAUUGCACUGUGCUGAAGAAAUACAAACAGCCCAUGCAGCCAGACCCACUUUGGCAUUUGCCCCACUUUGAGAAAGUGGGUCGUCAUCUUGAUACCUUCCCAAGCCAAGGAGAUCGGGAGAAGUCUUUCAAAGUCCAUCAGUCAGAAGCUGGAGUACGAUGUGGAAUAUUUGCCCAGGGCAUUUAUACAAGCAGCUGAAAACUUGAUAGGUUAAAUUAUUAUAAAUUAUGUA